AGUAGACUUUCCCUUUAACUCACCUGACAAGACCACACCUGAGCUGAAUUUCCGGAGAGACAACAACAACAACAGAACAGAAGAAGAAGAAGAAGAAGAAGAAGAAGAAGAAGAAGAAGACGCACCUGACCAGACUGGAAGGGACUGGGUGAGUGUGCUCUGAUCAGCUGUCAGACAGGUACAGACAGGUACAGACAUGUCUCUGCUGUCAGACCAUCCUCCAGAAGACUCUCAGCACCUAACAGGAAGUACCACGAUGGAACACAGCGGGGGUACGAAGAUGAGACAGACAGAGGGAGAGGACGGGGUGGUGAGGUCCGCCAUGAUGGAGCCCAGCACACUGCAGUGGUCUGGAGACAGACAGGCAGGUGGACAGACAGGUGAGCAGACAGGUAAAGCUGACAGGAUGAGUGUGAGGUCAGAGAGUUGGACAGAAAGUGAGAGAGAGCUGAGAGGGGUGGGGCCAAGUGAUGAGGAGGGGGCGGGGCUUUUGACACACCUGGAGGAGGAGGAGUCUGAAGAGAACUACCUGCCAGAGAAAGCGGCUCAGGUGUUCAGUCCAGCAGUGACCGUCCUCCAUUCCCCCAUGUCAACCAGAGAGAGUAAGGCAUUCUGGGAAAGUGAGUCAGAGAAGAACCCCUUCCUGGGUCCCAGAGGAGCCCCACAGGACUACAACCAUCAUGGCUACCAUUUCGAGUGGGCCGAGGACACGCCCUCUGCCACAUGUGGGCGGGGCUGUCCCAGCAGAGAUGUACUGAAGAUGGGCGUGUCCCUGAUGACAUCAGCACUCUUCUUCCCCUUCCUGGUGUGGGGCGGUUUUGUCUUCCUGCCGUUUGACGCUCCGCUCCUGGACGGCUCCCCCCUCAGACUCGUCUACACGCUGCGCUGCUCCGUAUUUGCCGCCGCCCCCAUCGUCCUCGGUUGGCUGGUUCUUGGUGUCACUCGGCUCAGGUCAGGCGUGUUUCAGUCUCUGUUUGAUGACAAGUUGAAGGAGGCGGAGCUUCAGGAGGUCAUCGUCCAUCGGCGUUUCGUCUCUGACUCCGCCUCCCUGUUCCUGAUCUACUUCCUGCAGCUGGUUGUCAUGGCAAUGUACCUUAGCCAGGAGCAGCUGAAACUCGUCCCUCUGCUGACAAUCGUCUUCGCCCUCGGACGCCUCGUGUACUGGGUGGCAGCAGCUUUCGGCAGCAGUGUUCGUGGUUUUGGUUUUGGUCUUUCCUUCUUGCCAAGUCUUGCCAUGAUGGCUGCUAACAUGUACUUCAUCUUCACCGUGGAGGCAGCAGGGUCCAUCUUCAGCAUCCUGCCACCUCCCGAGGAGGUGUUGGCUCCGCCUACUGGCAGACAAAGGUUCUGGGGAUGAGAACCGGAUCGUAAUGAAAGAAAAUUCUGUUGUUGUUGUUUUUUUUACUUUUUACUUUUUUUUUUUUUUACUUUGAAAUGUUUUUUUUUAAAAGAAACAGAUGUGACAUUAUUGCCCCGCCCAUUACUGUA